CUGCAUGCGGCAGGGCGCACGAUGCUCGACAGAGAUGGCGAAUCACGGAAGGAAAACUAUUGCCCGAUGAGAGCUCUUUAGAUGGAUUUGAUGAAUAACUAACAAAUUUACAGGCAAAUGACCAGAACAGCUGAAAGAAUGCGAAACUAUUAACUAAAAUAGUAACUCUUUCGAACCCCCAUCAGCCCGCACCAAACAACGUAAAAAAAAGUAAAAAAGGUUAGGGCUCUGCAGCAAAAUUAUUGUAUUUUCCGAGUGGUUGACACAUCGCAGUAAAAAUUGAGCGGGGACAGAGAGCAGCAUCUUUUAUCGAAAUGGUGGCUUCUAAAAAGUCUUUUGGAUUAGGCGAUUUGGUGUUCGCCAAAGUAAAAGGGUAUCCACCCUGGCCAGCAAAGAUUAUGAGGAUUGACAAGGCUAAAUACAAUGUUUACUUUUACGGCACCGGUGAAACGGCAAAUAUUAAGGUUGAAGAUUUGUUCCCAUACGAGUUAUCGAAGGAAAAGUUUGCGACGGAAAAAAUCAUGAAACGGAAGGGUUUCAAGGAGGCAAUGAUUCAAAUAGAAUCCGCUUUGGCGGGCGAAGACCCAAGCCCGCUCUCAUACGAUGUAGCUGCCGUACAGUCGGGUAUGGACGAUUUUGCGUCAGAAAAUGAAAACACUGAGGCUUCGUUUAGUGAAUCUCGCAUUUCGGCAAAUUCGACGGCCCUGGAGACUAGCACGGUGAAACAGGAGACACCGGAUGAUCAAAAUGAUACCAUUGUAGCCACACCGAAGCCAGUGAAGGAAAGCAAACCCAUAGCUAAGCAAACGAGCGUUCAAAAGAAAACUGGACCUAUUUCAUCAAUCAAAAAUGAACCACGGGAAAUUGAGACAUCUGAUGCCGCACCGAGUGCUGGGGAGGCAAGAGAAUUAGUGAGUCGCAGCGGUAGAAAGAUCAAAAUGAAACGGUUCAUGGAUGGAGACGACGAAGACAGCGCACAGAAUGGAACGCCACCGAAGAAAAAAGCUCCAAGUGUGCCGGUUAAGAAAGAGCCACUGAUUGCUACGACGAUCAGCGAACCCAAAACAAGUCAAACUGAUAAGAUAGAAAGCGAACGGAUGUUUUUCUUAAAGCUAGAACGGGAGCUGGUGGAGUUGACUUUGGAAAUUAAGUCCACAGUGAAAUUGGCUAGCGCGGAUGCCGAACGAUGUGUCCGAUUGUUGGAUCAAUAUCAAAAGCUCAAGGUAACGCCAACAAUGCUGAAAAAGAACCCUAACUGCGUUGAAACCAUUAAGAGGCUUAGAAAGUACGUUGGCAACGCUAAAGCCUGGAAUAUGGAUGAUGACGAGAAGUCCAAGUUUGAUAUCCAAGCGCAGCAAAUUCGAAACAAGGCCGAUCAAAUCUACAACCAAUUCAGGAACAUGUUUCCCGCACACGAUAGCGAGAUAUCAUUUUGGGAAGCAUUCCGGGAUAUACUGGCCAAGUUUGACCAGGCCACUCAACACCUGUCUCCGGAAGAGCUAUAUCUGCUGGUUGACGAAGCGGAAAUUCGCCAAAUUGACGAAAAUGCUCCGCAGCAACUAUCCGACGCAAAUGAAAUUGGUGAAGAAGACUCCACCUACAAUCCGACCCUUAAGAUAUCCGACGUGGAUAUCGACGAUGGAUCUGCGACAAAGGAAAAUGCCGGAUCGUUGAAUGUCAACACCGCUGCUGGCAAUGCUGAGAAGAGUACAGGAAACCUACGGCAAUAGGUUUGAAGUUCCAAUGUCUUUUGCAUUAUCUGACGAAAAAGGUGUCGUGCAAAUUCAGUGCAUGCAAUAGAGUGAAUAUAGGUUCUCCAAGCGGACCGCUUUGGUUCGCGAAAGUCUGUAAAUCCAAUAGAAUUGCGUCUGAUUUUUCAUCUCACUCCACCUGUUAAUUCAGUAGCAUCAAUUAAGGGAGAUCACAUUUUGUGGACUAAAUUCAGAGUUUUCUUCUUAUUUUAAUCACAAUGAUCCUAAUGCAAAACUAGGCAGAUUUGCACACGAGGAGGUGACUGCAAAAUUAUUUCAAUAUAAUUUUUAAUAUCUUCAACAAU